UAGUAGAAAGUAAUAAUUAGAAAGUAGUACAUUCGUUUUAUUCGACGACUGUUCACUGACAUUAUUCCGCCUUCACGACGCUUAUAACAGUCUAUGUGAUAGAAAUGUCUGACAAAUGAUUUUUAUAAAAAAUUAAAAUUCCUGGAAAUUAUUUCAUUACAGGCAUUGCAUAGCAACGAAAUACGAUAUACGUAUCGUCGUCCAUUUGAGUAAAGAUGCCUGAUAUUGAAAAACUUCAUCUUGAGGAUACGUUAGAAGACAGUCCACAGACUCGUAGUCUGUUGUCAGUGUUUGAAAAAGAUGCACUAGGAUUGAAAAAGUAUACGUCAAACCUACAUAGCUGUUGCCAGAGGGUAAUGUCAGCACAGAAUGAAUUAUGUUCUGCUACACAAGGUUUGGCCCAACAACUACGAGCUUAUGAACUUCAGAAAUUUCCCUUGGAAAGUGAUGACAGUAUUCUCACAACAACCUUAAAACAGUUUGCAACCUACAUUGAUGAGGUGAGCUCGGUUCAACAGGUUCUGUCAUCUCAGUUUUCAGAAACAAUGAUGUACCCAUUGAAUAAGUUCUUACAAGCAGACAUGGAAGAAAUCAGCACAAUGUUUGAAAUGUUCCAGAUUGCAACUCAUGAGCAUGAACAAGCUUUGAAUAAAUACAUGAAGUUACCACACAAAAGAGACAACGAAAAAGCUAGGAUUGAUGCAAAUGAUGAACUCUACGGUAUGAGGAAGAAAUUUCAUCAGACAUCCCUGCAUUACUACUCGUGUCUGAAUGCUCUCCAGUACAAACGCAAAUGCUGCUUGCUAGAACCUAUUUUGGGUUACUUCCACGCUCAGAGGGCCUACUUCCAAAUGGGCCAUGACACAGUUUGGAAACCAGGCAUUGAAGAUUUUCUUGGCAACAUAGCAGCUAGUGUGCAGAGUGUUCACCAGGAGAUGGCGAAGGAGACCCAGAAAACGGUGGAGCUGAUCGACAAUAUAGAGAAACAGAGCGCUCACCUGUAUUACGCCGAACCACCCAUCGACAUGCCCUUCAUUCCACCCAACACUGCUCUCAUACAGAAGGCUGGAUACCUCUACCAGAAAAGUAAACAGGCCCUGAUUGCUUCCAAAUGGGAGAAACUGUAUUUCUUUACUCAAGGUGGCAAUCUCAUGAGUCAAGGGAGAGAAGAGUUUGCUGGUAGUCUUGUGGUGGAUCUCAACGAAGAUGGUGUGAUGGCUGAACCAGUGACGGAUGAUAGACGUUUCGUCUUUCAAGUUGUAUCAGCUAAUAAUAAAAAGUGUGUAUUACAAGCUGAAAAUUACAGAGAAAGAGAUGAGUGGAUAGCAACGAUAAACAACAUAGUACGAGAUAGUGGAUAUGUGCGUGGCAGAGCUGCAGCAAAAAAGAAGGAACAAACCCCAAGUAUUGGAUCUCUUAGAAGCCAGUCUUCUGAUGGCCAGCCACACCCAGAAACCGCCAGCUCAGUCCGUUCAAAUCAUUCUCAGUCUCCGCCCCCUCGCAGCAGUUCAGCAGACGACCUGAUAAUUGAUCGACCAAUCCAGUUCGACUUGGUUUCGCCCACGUUUGCAGGUCAAGGUGCUGCAUCUCCACAGUCAGGCCCUCCCAAACGAGUUAACCCAUUUAACCAGCCUGGUUCAGAAGCUUUGGAUUCGGCAAAUGAAAAUUUGGCAUUUGCACAGAACUUUACUGUUAGAUUCCUUGGUUCCAUGGAGGUGCAGACAGAUAGGGGAGAACAGCUUGUUCAUUCAACAAUACGUCAGAUAAUGGCAGCUAGAGCUAUCCACAACGUCUUCAAGAUGACAGAGUCGAGACUGCUAGUCACCAAUGAGUCCAUGAGACUCAUAGAUCCUGAUACCAAUACUACCAGGGUAGAGUUUGCGCUGGCUGACAUAUCAUUCUGGACUUCACAUCCUGAAAAUAAUAGGUUGUUUGGUUUCAUAACUCGAAGUCGAAAUGAGAGUGGAACGCCCUCUUUUGCAUGUCAUGUUUUUGAAGGCAAUACUUCAUCAGAAGAAAUCUGCCAAGCAAUAAGUACAGCAACGAAGAUAGCUUUUCAAGCAUUGAUGGAAAAACGCUCUGGGAAAACACCAACUACAGAUAAGGAGAAGAAACUACUGUUACAAAAUACUAAAAAACAAGACAACCAGCGUGACAGCGAGGAAGAAAAGUUGCCGCUCAGUCCUGAUGGAAAAUUUCUCAUUCUUAGCAGUCAAGACCAAUCAGAUAGCAGUCUCGUGUCACCUGAUCUCAACCCUCUACCCAGAGAGCACCGCGGAGAUGGAGAUGAGAGAGAGAUUGAAGGGGCGGAGUCAGAAGCAUGAUUGACACUUAUUUAGUAUUUAUUGUAUAGUCGGGUCACUUACAAAGAACACUUAUAUAAAUAUAUUCUACAUUUUCCAUGACAGCUAAAAAUAUUAUUAUGGAUACAUUGCUCUGGGGGCUUUAAAACCAGAGAAAUGGGUAGGAAAUAAAUUGUUAAUACAAAUAUUGAUAGGAUUGAUAUAAUUAUCAUUAAUCAAAUGUGAAUGAAACAGGUGAAGGAGUUUCAGAACAUUGAUGAAAUGGGUAACCUGUUAAUAAAAAUAUGGCGCCAUUGGGGAAGGUUAAAUUGUUAACUAAUACUAUAAUUCUACUUAACAAAAUGUGGCAGAAACAACAAGAUAAUAUAACAUGUGGUCUAACUAGUAUUUGUCAUUAAGAAGCAGGGUUUGUUCUAAUCUGCACUCACAACAUAUAGAUAGAAUUUCACAUAUACUACAUGUAUGACUAAGGUUAAGUUAAUUUUUACUAAUCUUACUAUAGCAUGCGACAUUGUGACUGACACGCCAAAACACUUUUAUUUGAUUUGAGUGAUACAUGUCAAACACUGAUUAACAGAUGCCAAAAUAAGUGUUUCUUUGCAGCAAAAAAUAUUUAAUUUCAAAAUGUUUUUAUAGAAAUUCUGUCUUAAUUAAAAAGUAAGCAGUUUAUCAAAUCAAAACUUCUUUUUUCUUUUUUUUUUAAAUAUUCCAUACAGUGGAGAUAUUUAAGUAAUACAUAAAAGAGAAAUAAAAAUAAAAUGACUGUUAUACCUGUAAACAUUUCAUGUCACUGGGAGCAUGUUACUUGAAAAUUCCACUUAGCAUUGGAAAUUUUGAACCACUGACUAUAUAUUGGACAGAGUCAAGACAAUCUUAUUACAGAUGAUUAAAUAUCAGAGCUACCUGUUUAAGCUGGAUUGGCUGUAUUAUGUUAAUCAACAUAGGAAAAACUUUUGAUAAAAAGUCAGGUUUGUAAAAGAGAAUUGAUGCAGUUUCUUUAGUUUUUAAUACUGCCCACUAUUUAUGAUUGUAUUUUAUCUGUGUCUAAUUUAUUGUAGAUACUUGUAUUUAUUGGUUCUAUCAUGUGUAGUUAUAUUGCAUGCUAGUUUAUAUAGAAGGGUGUGUGAUAACUCAGAUCCAAACAGCUUGAGUUUGGGUGGAGAUUAUUUUCAAAGUAGAAAUGUGUUGGGAGCCAUUUGUUUUGAAAAACUGUUUUUUUAAAAUUAUGUUUGCAGUACACAGGGCUUCUAGAUUACAGUAGCCCCACACCCAUGACUAGUGAUUUUCAAUGUUGGGCUAGUAAAUAACUACUAUUACCAUACCCGACGGCUAGUGAAAAAAACCCUUGUCAAAUGCUGCCUUUAAGUAUAUUUUGUAAAUUUGAAUAUCCUGUCCACCC